CAAGAUGGCGGCCAACAGUGGUUUUUUUCUACCGUGUUUCUAGUAUUUCCAAGCCUAAGGUUUGUAGCCAUUGUUUGUUUGAACUUCAAAGCUCGAUUGUCCUUUCUUCGAUGUAGCUCUUGUUUUUUUGGAGGCUUACUUAUUUUAUACAUGGGUUUUCUACAUUCCUACCGUGUUUAUGCUUCUUGAAGCUUAUAUAUAUAUUCCACAAGAAUACUAAAUUAAGCUCAUAAUCUGUUACUGUUUGUUCUUUUUCACUCGUGUAGAACGAACGUUUUUUCCUCACAGUCUGCGAAAUUCCUUCAAUAAUGUGUUUUAGGGAAACAAACUAUUCAACUAGUCCAUCGAUCUCAAGGAAAACAUAAAUAAACGUUAGAUGAUAUUAAAUUUGGGUUGGAAAUAGUAGGAUCUUAAUAUUCAGGGCUGUCAGUAAGAUUUUGAGUUGGUGGGUAAAUACAACAAGUAGUAUAGGCGGGGAAUCAAAGCUAGGGAAUACUUUUGGUUCUACUUUUCCUCGGAAAGUAGCUAGGUAAAAUCCCCAAAACCCCCACCACCCCUCUCCCCGCCCCCAGCCUGUGACAACAUCCCUGAUAUCAACAGGGAAGUGGAAAGUUCACUGGGGAUUUCUAUUGGCAAGUAGUUGUUGAGAGCCUCAAGCUAACUAACAAGGCUGGCAGAAAUCAAAAGUGAGCAUAAUCUGGCAAAAAAUAACUCUUUCACGAUAACAAUUAUUACAAUGACAAUGGCGAUGAUAACUGUCUACCUAACUGUGUUAUGAUAUAACUUUAUUCCUAUAUGAAAACUUUGAUUAACUGGGUAAAAACGUCACAAAAAUAUCAGUCUAUUUAAUGCUAUGAUAAGAAAAUUAUAAAAUUAUAAGUGUGAUAAUUAUAUAACUUUCACAUGUAUAUGUUAUAGGUCAAAAUUAAAUUUAGGUUAAAAUUUUUUAACCUACCUUGAUUCUCAGUUUCCUUUGUCUCCAGCCCUAAUUCCUGAAUAAUUAGGGCUAGAAGAGAAAGAAAAUAGAGAAUCAACGUAGGUUUAAAAAAUUUUGACCUGAAUUUAAUUUUGACCUGUAACAUAGACAUCCCUCCAUGGGAAAUAUAUACCCUCUGAAAUGGGCAGCUAUGUAAAAUAAAUUGGCGAUGACAAAUUAUUGCCUUCUUAAUGACUUGGGUAUUACUUUUCCAUAGCCUAUAGACAAUGUACUGUAUGAGGAAAAAAAGAAAGAAAAAGAAGUUAUCAGAAAAAGUAACAUAUAGAAACUGUUGAUCAUGACUGAAAACUGCACUAUGAUUUUUACGCAAACAACAAGUGGGCAAUCAGGAUCAAAGCCUCUUAUUUUAUUCUUAUAAAAAUCUCUGCAAUGUUUUUUGAAGCAAGACAGGCUUAGGUCUUAAGUUCUAAGGUUCACCUGUGUAAAGUAAGUGUCCUGUUAAAAUUAUCUUGACACACAGUUGUGCUGCAAUUCUGUUAAGUGAUUAAUGCAUAUACAGGACUCUUACAAGUGUUAUUCUUUAUAAAGUUAUGUUUAUUUUUCAUUCUUUUGGUGAUAGACCUGCAUUUUGUAUUAUUGGGAGACAUGGAUGAAGAUGGAUGGCAUUGCCUCCUGGACAACAUUAAUUCAAUCCGAAAACAAGAUCAGCAAGAAUAGUCAGCUUGAACGCAAGGUAAAUGAGUUAAUCUGAACGUUUUACAGUACCGUGGGACCUUGUUUUAACGAACCUCUAUAUAACGAAGUCCUCAGUAUAACAAGCAAAUUAUAUUCCUGGCCCAAGUAUUUGUAAAAUAUAUGAAAAGAACCUUGAUAUAGUGAAACCUUGUUAUGGUAAACAUUUUUAUUGUUUGUUGCUUAGCCCUUCGUUACACCCGAGGUUCCACUGUAACACAGCAUACAUAGUGUACAUGUACCAUGUGUCAUGUAGUUCCUUUAACCUUUUAAGUCCCGAUAGUGACCAAGAUCAAUUUUCUCCUAACAAUAUCCAUAUGUUACCAAGAGAAAUGGUUAUGAGAGUUAAUAAAAUGAUCACCUAAGAGAAAAUGCUUUGAUCUUCUACCAAAUUCUCUCAACUUAUUCCUUAAGGGAAUGUAUAAAGACCAGUUUGGAGAAUUUGUAUGUGGAUAUUGGGGCUUAAAGGGUUAACACAUUCACAUUACUUUGUUUUUCAUAUUGUUCUUUCAAAAAUAUGUUCUCCAAUUCUAGUAGCCUUCUGUUGGCGUAAAUAUAUUUUUAGUCAGUUAGUCACCUAUUAGACAAUCAAAUGGGUAGUCAGUCAGUUAUGCAGUGUGCAUGUUGUAGUUCAAUUUGUUUUUUAGUUCAAAAUGGUACCGGUAUAACUGAGAGAAACCGAUAGCAGACUAGCAUAAAACAAUAGUCCCAGUUCUUUGCCUCACUCACAAACAUUCCUUUGGCUGGUCACGCAGUCUUUUCUCCUCAACGUCAGUGUGGAGAAGGAAAGCAUACUGCACGGGCAAGGGAGGUUAUGCCCGCUACUCAAGG